AUGGAGAACGACUUGACCUUCGUCGCUCCAGAAGGCGUAUACUCUAACGUUGAGGACCAUAAGCCGACGCCCUACAACGCUCACAUCGUCUAUCCGACUACCUAUCCCACAAAGCUAUCCACAAUCGUACUUCAUUAUCCGAUUACUAAACCCGGAGUCACCCCCGGCCUUCCUCACUGGCAACUUCUCGGCGGUGGGAAGGACAAGGAAGCAAAGCACAAAGAAAAGGAAAGGGAUAGAGAGAAGGAACGGGAGGAUGGGCAGAGUCUGUCAAGCAGCGACCGUCCCGGUACCGACGAGGAAGGCAAUAAUAAUAACAAUUCAAACAACGAACUGCUGCAUUCGCCGACAUUGCAGCCGCAGCCACUAUCACCUUCGCAUGAGUCUCCGAAGCUCUUCUCGUCGCCGUCAAUCAGCAUGGCGAGAAAGAAGCCCGCAUCCAGGCCGAAGCACAACAUCCGGACGACAACAUCGACGUUCGUGACGCGGAUACAGAGCGUCGAGAACCUCAACAAGAUCGUACAGAACAAACAGGGCACAGUGACCUAUCUCUUCUACAAUUCUGCAAAGAACUUCUUUUGGACGGAGCUCGGCGUUAAGGCAAAGGAACCGCUUUCGCGAAUAACCUUCUCCGCCUUCCCGACAUGCCACGAUGUUAACAGAACGACAGCAAAAAUGACAAGCCUUGACAUCGUCAUCGGCUUCAACACCGGAGACCUCAUCUGGUUCGACCCAAUCACGGGAAGAUAUAUGCGGCUAAACAAGCAGGGAUGCAUCAAUAACUCUCCGUGCACAGCAGUCCGGUGGGUACCUGGCUCCCCAUCCGUCUUCGUCGCCUCCCACGCAGACGGCACAAUCAUCGUAUACGAUAAAGAGCGUGAGGACGGUACGUUCACUCCGCAGCAGCCAUUUAAACGCCAUACGGCGCCGCCCGUAAGCCAAUCGGGAAGUAGCAGCUCGUCCAUCCCCUCUGAUGAUGCAAGUUCUCGGGAAGAAUGGGAUCCCUUAGAGAGUAUUUUUGUUACCACGCCGAAAUGGCUUCCUGUCACUUCGCAUACUGGGUUGAACCGCGGGAGAUCGGAGAAGGAGCGGACUGCGAAGAACCCAGUGAGCCAUUGGAGAGUAUCUAAACGAGCUGUCGUGGACUUUGCAUAUUCAAGCGAUGCGCGGCUGGUGGCAGCGAUCUCAGACGAUGGAUGUCUAAGGAUCAUAGACGCUUUGCAAGAGUCGCUGGUCGACUGCUUUGCGUCUUACUUCGGUUCAUUCACAUGCGUCGCGUUCUCUGACGAUUCGAGAUUUGUUCUCACGGGAGGACAAGACGACCUCGUCACGAUUUUCUCGAUGACUGAAGGACGGGUGAUUGCUCGAUGUCAAGGACAUUCGUCGUUCAUCUCCUCUGUUGCGUUCGACUCUGUGCGAACAGACAAGCGGUCGUAUCGGUUUGGUAGUGUAGGGGAAGACAAUAAGCUCAUUCUCUGGGACUUCUCCGCAGGCGUGCUUCAUCGUCCCAAAUUACAGGCAGCACAACAGCAACGAAUGUCCAUGUCCUCAACACUUUCCUUAGCACUUCGACGACGGGGCGACGCCGCAGAGGGUUCGACUCUACAUCUCCCUCCACCGGCUAUGAACGGCGAAGAAACCUCUAAGUAUCACCCUGCUCCAUCGCGUAAUGAAGUUGCGGUGGUUCAACCCGUUCUUACAAAACACAUCGAAUGCGACCUCCUAACCGGACUCGCCUUUACACAGUCCUCCGUGUUGACAGCUUCAAAGAACGGGGCGGUGAAGAUGUGGGUUCGACCCUUGGCAUUGCGCCCGAGGCCGACGAAACCUAGGAUAUUGCAUUCGCAUAUUAAUCCUUCGGAUAUUCUUUAACUUAAUUUUGGUUUUUUUAAGUUGUUUCAAAUGGAAUUGGAAGACGCACCCAUAUCACC